AAGUUGGUCAUAUCGGGUCAUUAAGCCCAGAUUAAGUUUAAUUGAUUUCAACAAUAUUUUCAGCUCACCGUAACCUUUAAAAAAAGGCUUACUUUACAAUAUAUUUGUGCACUUCACUACUCAUUUUGCGUCAAUCUGGUAUGCGAGACCGCCACGUGUAAUGAUUGCAACUGCGACAAAAUGAUAGGACACCUCCUAACUUAACUGAUUCAGAUAAUUGUGCAGCUUUAAUUUGGACACCAGUGUAUUGUACUUAGUAACGUUUAUGAGAGUGUCUAGGGUAAUCCUGAGGCUCGGAGAAGCGGACAAUGACGUAGACGAUACGUUCCGUCCACGAUUAGGCUUGACAUGUAUGAUGGUAGAACGCCUGAUGCGGUAGUUGAAGAUUUGGAUGCAAUCCGAGAUGCGGUGAAGGACAAAUACAAAUACAGUCAGUCGCAAAGUUUGCUGCAUUCGAACAUUAAAUUCUUAAGAGUGUCGCAGAAGCGGAAGCAGGUGUUGAGGAAAGAUUCGCACGUUGGAUUGUUGACUGGUUCGAAGAAGGUUUCGCAAGUGCUCAGCACGCAAUUAAGAACUUUUGCUAUUUGGUCCUCUCCAAAGUACGAGAGAAGGUAGUAUUUUUGUGAUUAUGGAUGAAGACUAAUGUAACUAUAGUCUCGAUUAAGACUUGAGAUUGACUAAAAAAUCAAAAGACCAUAAGAGUGCGCUUUUUUGCAAUGUUUUCCGGAGACUCCUCCACAACAUUCAAACGAUCCGUGGUGACUUUAUUGCGGCAAAUCUUUUCGUGGGAGGUCUUGAUCGUUAUAAAGUUGAGACCGAAACGAAAUCCCAUUUGAUAAGAAUUGCGACUCGAGAAUCUUCAGCGCGGGGUAUACAAGAAUCCAUAAUGUGAGCGCUGACGGAGACUUCGGACGCUAAAGCAAAUUCCAAUUGAUUAUCAGUCACAUCGUAUACUUCAAUGCCGAGAAGAGAUGAGGCCGAAACAAGAUCAAACGUCUUCUCGAUUACUGGGCUUCCAUUGCAAAUAUGAACGAUCUGGUAUUAGCGACCUCAGAGUCGCAAAGUCUACCUCAACAUUGAGACUAACGACUUUGACAAUUAAUACCGUUUGCUUCAACGCCAAUACACGAGUAUGUUGCCUAACGAUGUUGUCGUAGCACGUUUUCGCUAGA